CAUGCGGAAGCUUUGACAAAUUUGGCAAGGUUGUCUCAGAAAUGACUGACACAGGAGAGGGGGACGAAGAAUACCAGUUUGUAAGAACGGGAGAUGACGUGGUUUUGCAGAGUACGUUCACCUCCCAGGAGGAACAUGUGAAGCUCUGUCUUGCUGCAGAGGGAUUUGGCAGCAGACUCUGCAGACUUGAGCUCACCUCUAACUGCAAGAAUGUUCCACCAGACUUGUCUGUAUGUGGCUUCAUCCUGGCCCAAUGUCUCUCUGUACGAGCCCUGCAAGAAAUGCUGGCCCACAGUGAGCACCUAGCUGAAGAGGUUGGUGCAGGAGGAAGCCAGCGCACACUUCUGUACGGCCAAGCAGUGUUGUUUCUUCACUCUUACAGUGGCAUGUAUCUCAGCUGCCUGUCUUCAUCUCAGUCUUCGGCUGAUAAACUGGCUUUUGAUGUAGGUCUGCAGGAGGAUAAAGCAGGUGAGGCAUGUUGGUGGACUGUCCAUCCAGCAUCCAGACAGAGGUCAGAGGGUGAGAAAGUGCGUGUUGGAGAUGACCUCAUUUUGGUCAAUGUGUCCUCUGAGAGAUAUCUGCACCUGUCCUUUGGCACUGUUUUUGACAACAAAAAUUUGAGUGACAGCCUGAUUGUUAAUGCAGCCUUCCGGCAGACUCUCUGGAGUGUUGCUCCCAUCUGCUCUGGAGGUGGAGUUGCUCAAGGAUUCCUGAAGGGUGGAGACACAUUGCGACUACUCCACAGCCACAGUGAUGCAUGUCUGACUGCUUCGUCCACAGAGCAGGGAGAGGAGCUGCAAAGGAUAAUGCAUUAUGAGAGUGGAUCAGUCUGCAGUCAUGCCCGCUCCCUCUGGAGGCUGGAGAUUCUGCGUGUUGUCUGGAGUGGCAGGCAUACGUGCUGGGGGCAGCCUUUCCGACUGUGCCAUGUGACGACUGGGAGAUACCUGGGACUAACAGAGGAGAGAGGCCUGCAGCUGGUUGAUCGGGACAAGGCUGAUGUCAACACAACAGCCUUCUGCUUUCGAUCAUCAAAGGAGAAGCCUGAAAGUGGCAAAAAGACUAAUAUGGAGAGCAUGGGCGUCCCAGAGAUCAAGUAUGGGGACUCUGUUUGUUACGUUCAGCAUGUUAAGUCCGGGCUGUGGCUCACCUAUCAGGCUACUGAUUCCAAAUCUGCACGCAUGGGAGUGUCUCAGAGAAAGGCUAUUUUGCACAGCGAGGGUCAUAUGGAUGAUGGACUGACUCUGUCUCGUUCUCAGAAGGAAGAAUCUCACACUGCCAGACUUAUUUGGAGUGCUACUCUCCUCUUCAGUCACUUUAUCAGGAAACUGGAUGCAUCUAGUCAAAAAGAAAACAUCACAUUGAUCAGUCUUUCGAUUGAGAAGGUUACCCAUAGUCUGCAGGAUCUGAUCAGCUAUUUCCAGCCUCCAGAGGAGGGACUGGACCACGAAGCUAGACAAAACAAAAUGACAACGCUGAAGAAUCGGCAAAACAUGUUUCAAGAAGAGGGUGUGAUAGAUUUGGUCCUGGAUUGUAUUGACCAUCUGCACCAAUAUAGUAGUGCUUCUCAUUUUGCUGAGGCUGUUCAGGUUGACUCAGGAGAAGAGUGGGAGACCAUCCUCAACAGUUUCUAUGAGCUUUUGGCUGCUCUGAUCCGUGGAAAUCGUGUAAACUGUGCACAUUUUUCAAGCUCUCUAGACUGGCUUAUUAGCAAACUAGACCGACUGGAGGCCUCCUCUGGAGUCUUGGAAGUUCUGCAGUGUGUCCUAAUGGAAAGUCCUGAGGCUCUUAAUGUCAUUAAAGAGGAACACAUAAAUUCUGUCAUGGCUUUCCUGGACAAACAUGGACUUAACCACAAGGUGCUGGAGGUGCUAUGCUCUCUGUGUGUGUGCCAUGGAGUAGCAGUGCGGUCCAAUCAAAACCUCAUCUGUGACAACCUGCUGCCAAACCGAGACUUGCUGCUCCAGACGCGUCUGGCUAAUCAGGUCACAAGCAUGAGACCAAACAUCUUCUUGGCCAUGGGAGAAGAUUCAGCUCAGCCCCGGAGGUGGUAUUAUGAAAUGGUUGUGGAUCAUGUUGACUACUUCCUCACACCUGAACCUACACACCUGCGUGUUGGCUGGGCGUACACUGACGGCUACCAGCCGAGACCAACAGGUGGUGAAGGCUGGGGAGGCAAUGGGGUGGGAGAUGACCUCUGCUCCUAUGGCUUUGAUGGGCUUCACCUCUGGUCAGGUUGCAUGAGCCGCAGAGUGAGCUCUCCAUUCCCUCACCUGCUCAGAGAUGAUGAUGUGGUCAGCUGCUGUCUCGACCUCAGCGCUCCCUGCAUCUCCUUCCGGAUCAAUGGUCUACCUGUGCAGGGCAUGUUUGAGAAUUUCGGUGCUGACGGGCUUCUCUAUCCUGUUGUCAGCUUCUCUGCUGGAGUCACGGUGCGUUUUCUGUUUGGGGGCAGGCAUGGAGAGUUUCGCUUUCUGCCUCCACCAGGUUUUGCUCCAUGCUCUGAGGCUCUGCUCCCGAGGGUUAAGCUAAAAGUAGAGCCUUGUCAGACAUACAUUUUGGAUCACGGAGAUGGAAGACAAGGGCUUAUCGGCUGCUCAAUAUCUGCCACUCCAGUGACCUUUACUCCAACACCAGUGGACAUCAGCAAGAUGGAAUUGCCUCCACAACUUGAGGAUAUCCGAGAUAAACUGGCAGAGAAUAUCCAUGAACUUUGGGCAGUGGACAAGAUUGAUCUUGGAUGGACACAUGGACUGGUGAGAGAUGAAGUUAAAAGACAUGAUCCCUGUCUUGUGGAGUUUUCCAAACUACCAGAGCAGGAGAGGAACCAGAACCUUCAGAUGGCUCAGGACACUCUCAGGACGGUGCUUGCCUUUGGCUUCCACAUAAGUUUGACUGAUGUCAGUGCUGAAGAAAGAGUCAAAUUUAUGAGAGUUUCCACCAAGUAUGAGCAGCCCAGUGGCUUUAAACCUGCCCCUCUAGACCUGAGCCAGGUCAUUCUGAGCCCAGCCCAUGAGGCAUUGGUUAACUUGCUGGCAGAGAACGAUCACAAUGUGUGGGCCAGAGAGCGUAUCAAACAGGGAUGGACCUACGGAGCUCAACAGGAUGUUAAAGCGAAGCGGAGCCCAUAUCUUGUGCCAUACAGCCUUCUUGAUGAAAGGAGUAGAAGAGUGGGCUUUGAGAGUGUCAGAGAGGCUGUCUGUACCCUGUUGGCUUAUGGUUACAGCCUGGACACCCUCAACCCGGAGCAGACCUUAUUAUCAAAUCCAUAUCAUUUCUCUCUGGAGAAAGGCAGAGUGUUUCGCCCAGAUAAAUCAUACGCUGUAACCCAGGGGAAGUGGUACUUUGAAUAUGAAAUAAUGACAGCGGGGAAAGUGAGAGUAGGCUGGGCUCGACCAAGCUGUUCCCCUGAUAAAGAGCUUGGCUUGGAUGACCAGGCAUUUGUCUUCGAUGGAUUUGAGGCUCAGUGGUACCAUCAGGGUGCCGAGCCCCUGGGACGUCCUUGGCUGAAAGGCGAUGUUGUGGGCAGUCUAGUGGACAUGGCUGAGCGCACUAUGAUGGUCACGCUCAAUGGAGAGAUGCUGUUUAAUGACAGAGGAUCAGAACUGGCUGCCAAGGACUUUGAUAGAAAAGACGGUUUGUUGCCUGUGGUCAGUGUUGGAGUAAACCAGACAGGGAGGCUGAAUUUGGGCCGCCAUGUGGACUCCCUGAAGUACUUCACAGUAUGUGGCUUGCAGGAGGGAUAUGAACCUUUCGCUGCCAACAUGUCUAGAGAUCCAGCCAUGUGGAUGAGUUGGAAGCAGCCUCAGUUUACCUCAAUAAUGCCUGAUGACCAAAACUUACAGGUCACCCGAGUGAGUGGCUCAACAGAUUCCUUAUCCAGCCUAAGGGUUUCUCAGCGGUUGUUUGCACACCAUGUUGGAGGCAGUGAGAUGGGCUUUUACCGGCUCAGCAUGUCCACUGAAUGUGCCCCCAUCCUCAAGAGCCCUGCAAACGGCGUGCUUCCAGUGGCCUCCAACUCUCUUUCUCCAGGAAGAAAAGAGCAGGAGGAGGUGGACUCUGACUUUGAAGUUUUGAUGAAGUCAGCCCACAGUUAUGCCGGCUCAAGAGAUGAGCUCAACCACAAGGAUCAUAGUCACGACAAAACAUCAAGACUGAAACAACGGUUCAUGCUUAAGAAGACUAAACCAGGCCUGGUCAGCAGCAACUCUUCUGCACGGCUUUUAGAAGAUGUCGUAGUUGACAAGGAUAAUCACGAUCAUCUCAUACAGAGCUCCAGAUAUUAUUACUCUGUGAGGGUUCUGCCUGGCCAGGAGCCAUUCAGUGUGUGGGUUGGCUGGGUGACCUCGAGCUUUCAUCAACAUGACAUCUCUUUUGAUGCUGACAAUGUCCAAACUGUGACUGUCACUCUGGGAGAUGACAGUGGUAAAGUCCAGGAAAGUGUGAAGCAAUGUAACUGUUACAUGGUUUGUGCUGGAGAGGCUACAGGCCUUUCUCAGAGUCGCAGAAGUGCAGGGCUGGAAAUCGGCUGUUUAAUCGACACUGCCACUGGGCUGCUCACCUUUACUUCCAAUGGAGUGGAGAUGGCCACCUUUUACCAAGUAGAGGCCAGUACAAAGCUGUUUCCUGCUGUUUUUGUGAAGCCCACCACCAGCAACAUGUUUCAGUUUGAGCUUGGACGAAUUAAGAAUGUGAUGCCUCUGUCGGCAGGUUUGCUUCGCAGUCAAAGAAGGAAUACCACACCUCAGUGUCCUCCAAGGCUUCAUGUGCAGAAACUUAGUCCAGUAUCAUGGACCAGGAUACCAGACAGCACUCUAAAGGUGGUGGUGGAUCACCCAGAUGAGUGCCACGGAUGGAGAGUUCAAUGCUCUGAGCCCCUGCAAGUCAUGUCACUCCAGAUCCCUGAUGAAAACAGGUGUGUUGACAUUUUAGAGCUGUCAGAACAUGUAGACCUCUUGACAUUUCACCACCACACUCUCCUACUCUACUGCUCCUUAUGCGCCCUUGGAAACACCCGAGUGUGCCAUGCCUUGUGCAGUCAUGUGGACCAAUCCCAGCUCCUUCAUGCCAUUCAAGAUCCCCAACUCCCUGGGCAACUCCGCUCUGCAUUUUACAAGCUGCUCAUUCAGGUUCACCUCAGCAGCCACUCAACAGCAUGCCUCAUGAUGAACCAGGAGUACAUUGUACCUAUGACUGACCAGACCAGAGAAAUAACCCUUUGUCCCAGCUCUGCAAACGGAGUGAAAGACAUUAAUGAUCAACCUCCAGAAGGCAUUGUCAGCACUAGUAUUAGUACAUCCCUAAAACCUCGGAUGAAUUUCUCAUCUCCUUUUUUUGUAAGAAGCUAUGUUAUGGAAGGAGAUUAUUCAGUUGAAGUAUUCUGCACAGACAGCCCAGAAAUCCCCCUGGACAUACUGAAGGAUCUGACAGUUGAGAUGCUGACUGCUGGGGUGUACUCAGUGGGUCAGGGUGUGAGGGAUCCUGUAGGAGGCAGCAUUGAGCUGCUGCUGGUCCCUCUAAUUAGACUUUUCUACUCCCUGCUGGUUAUGGGGGUAUUUGGGGAUGAGGACCUUGGGAAAGUUCUGAGACUGAUUGAGCCAGGAGUCUUUUCCAUAGAUGCUGAAUCUCUUGAGGAGGAAGAAGAAGAAGAAGAAGGAGAAAGUGAUGAUGAAAAAGAAUGGAAAGGGGGCAAGAAUAAAGACAAUGAAACCUUGAAACAGGGACUUCUUCAUAUGAAGCUUCCAGAGGCUGUCAAACUUGAGCUCUGCCGUCUUCUGUCUUACCUGUGCGACUGCCAGGUGCGUCACAGGGUAGAGUCUGUGAUCGCCUUCUCUGACAACUUUGUGAGUCAACUGCAGGAGAACCAACGAUUUCGCUACAACCAGGUCAUGCAAGCACUUAAUAUGUCAGCCGCUCUGACUGCACGCAAGACAAAGGAGUUCCGCUCUCUUCCACAGGAGCAGAUCAACAUGCUGCUAAACUUCAAAGAUGAUGAGCAGCAGGAGAACUGCCCCUGCCCAGUAGAAAUCCAACAACUUCUGCAUGAAUUUCAUCACCUGCUCAAAACACACUGUGGAAUUGAAAUGGACAGUGAAGCAGAGGAUGAAGAGGCUGCUGAGAAAUCUGUGAAAGAGCGACUCCUCAGUCUAGUGGGAAGUGUCAUCAGGUUGAAGAAGACACCUGAAGAGGUGGAGGAGAGUAGGCUGCAGAGUUCCAAAUCCCUGAAAAAGCUCAUCUCAGAGGCGAUGGUAUGUUGGGCUCAAGAGACUGAGAUAGAGGACCCUGAACUGGUAAGGGCUGUCUUCAGACUGCUGCACCAUCAGUAUCAGGGCCUAUGGGGCCAAAUGGCAGGACCCCUCCGCAGAGCCUAUACAAUUAGCCAGACUUCAGUGGAGGAUACCAUGGCCCUUUUGUCCUCCCUGAGCCAAAUCCGCUCUCUCCUCAGUGUCCGCAUGGGAAAAGAAGAGGAGAAGCUGAUGAUCAGAAAACUAGGGGAAAUCAUGAAUAAUAAAGUUUUCUAUCAGCACCCUAAUCUGAUGAGAGCAUUGGGGAUGCAUGAGACUGUGAUGGAGGUGAUGGUCAAUGUCCUGGGAGAAGGAGAGUCAAAGGAGAUCACCUUUCCCAAGAUGGUAGCCAACUGCUGUCGAUUCCUGUGUUAUUUUUGCCGCAUAAGCCGUCACAAUCAGGGAGCCCUGUUUGAUCAUCUCAGCUACCUGCUGGAAAACAGCAGUGUUGGUCUCGCUUCACCAUCAAUGCGUGGAGCCACUCCUUUGGAUGUGGCUGCAGCCUCUGUAAUGGAUAAUAAUGAACUUGCAUUAGCACUGAAGGAACAUGACUUAGAGAAGGUGGUGCAGUACCUUGCUGACUGUGGUCUGCAGAGCUGUCAAAUGCUUGUGGCUAAAGGCUACCCUGAUAUUGGAUGGAAUCCUGUGGAGGGCGAGCGUUAUGUUGAUUUUCUACGUUCUGCAGUCUUCUGCAAUGGUGAGAGUGUCGAAGAGAAUGCUUAUGUGGUGUUGAGACUGUUGAUUCGACGCCCUGAGUGUUUUGGCCCUGCCCUGAGAGGUGAUGGUGGGAACGGUCUUCUUGCUGCCAUGGAGGAAGCAAUAAGGAUCUCAGAGGACCCCUCUAUGGAUGGACCCUGCACCACAUACCAGUCCAACAGAACGAUAGAUGUGGUCCCGAACAAUGAUGAUGACCUCAUCCACAUGGGGCACGCCAUCAUGACCUUCUACUCGGCACUUAUCGACUUGCUGGGCCGCUGCGCUCCUGAAAUGCAUCUGAUUCAAGGAGGGAAAGGUGAAGCCAUACGCAUCAGGGCCAUUCUGAGGUCGCUCAUCCCAAUCCAAGAUCUGGAAGGAGUUAUCAGCAUCUCCUUUGAAAUUCCUUCAGUGUCUAAAGAUGGUGUGGUGGUUGAGCCAGAGCUCUCUACAGUCUUCUGUCCAUACCACAAGGCAGCCAUGGUUCUGUUUCUGGACCGGGUUUACAGCAUUGAGAACCAAACUUUUCUUCUCCACCUCCUUCAAGUUGGCUUUCUGCCCGACCUUCAGGCUGCUGUGUGUCUUGAUGCUGCUGACUUAGGAUCCACUGAUAUGGCCCUGGCCCUCAACAGAUACUUGUGCACGUCUGUUCUUCCCUUGCUCACCAAACAUUCAGCUCUCUUCUGUGCUGUGGAGGAUCACGCCUCACUGGUGGAUGCUCUUAUCCAGGCAAUCUACAACCUCUCCCGGGCUCUGAGCCUGACCAAGGCUCAGAGAGACACUAUAGAAGAUUGUUUGUUGGCUGUGUGCAGUAAACUCCAACCAUCUAUGAUGCAGCCUCUUCUUAGACGCUUGGUCUUCGAUGUUCCCCAGCUCAUAGACUCCACCAAGAUGCCACUAAAGCUCCUGACAAGUCACUAUGAGCAGAGGUGGAAGUACUACUUGCAAACAGGAGGGCAGGGUGAUCAGAGCACUGCCUCUGAGGAGGAGCUUCACCUGUCCAGGAAGUUAUUCUGGGGUGUCUUUAAGGCCUUGGCGAAGAAGCCUUAUGAGCCUCAGUUAUUCAGGCUUUGUGUUCAGUGCCUGGCUGCCGUGGCAAAGGCUCUGCCUCCAGACCACAUCGACUCAAGCUGCAUGUCUCAUAUUGAGAGAAAAGCCUUCACAGAAACAGAAGGACACUUUGAACCCCAGCCUGUAGACACAUCAAACGUGUCAGUGCCAGAGAGACUGGAGCUUGUGGUUAACAAGUAUGCAGAGCACACUCAUGAGAAGUGGUCACUGGAAAAGUUUGCCAGUGGCUGGGUUCAUGGGGAGCAGCUCUGUGAGAACACGAGGGUUCAUCCUCUCCUCAAGCCAUACAGGGCUUUGGCUGAGAAGGAGAAGGAGGCUUAUCGUUGGGCCAUUAAGGAGACAAUAAAGAGUAUGCUGGCCUUUGGAUGGACAAUAGAGAGGACUAAAGAAGGAGAUGCAUUUGGUGCACAUGCCUGUUCACGCAGAGUCUCUCAGUCUGGACAGCUCUCUUUUGAAGGAGCAUCAACUUUCAGCCCCAAACCUUUGGACAUGAGCAGCAUCACCUUAUCAUGGGACCACUGUGCUAUGGCUGAGCAGUUAGCUGAGAACUACCAUAAUGCUUGGGCUAAGAGGAAGAAAUCAGAGCUGGAGGGAAAAGGAGGGGGUAGCCAUUCAAUGCUUGUACCUUAUGAUACGCUGUCUGCCAAAGAGAAAACUAAGUUUAGAGAAAGAGCCCAGGAUGUCCUCAGGUUUCUCCAGCUUAAUGGAUACACUGUGUGGAGGGACCGGAAGACUGUGGAGUUGGAUUUUCCAGCUGUUGCAAACUGCUUCAGCUGCACUGUUCUCCACAGACUCCUGGCUCAUACCGAGGAGGCCCAAGAGCACAUCCUGGAGCUAGAGGUGAUGCAAGCCAGAGGACAGAUGUCAAAAGGCGAGAGAGCUCCACAGCAGCAACUCUUACAGUUUUUUCCUAAGGUUGUUCUUCCUCUUUUGGAGCAAUAUGUGAAGAACCAUCGACUAUAUUUCCUGUCUACUUCUCUCUGCUCAAGCAGCAAUCAAAGCCAUGCCUUGAAAAGAGAAAAGGAGAUGGUUGCCAGCCUCUUUUGUAAGCUUGCAGCCUUAGUGAGACACAGGAUAUCUCUCUUUGGUGACGAAACCUCUCAAGUUGCCAGCUGCCUCCGUGCUUUGGCUCAGGCUCUGGAUGUGAGGUCAUUGAUGAAGUCAGCCUCAGAGUUCGUCCAAGCAUCUCUGCAUUCAUUCUUUGAGGCAGCUGCAGCUGAUCUGGAUAUUACAGUUGAAAAUCUGUCUGUGAUCCUGGUCUCUUUGCCUCAGAGUUGGACUCAGCAGGCCAGAGGAGUGGCCAAGGUUCUCAGCUACACCACUUCCAUUCUUUUGCCUACUCUCACAUCUCUUUUUCAGCAUCUUGGCACCCAAAAUUAUGGUGUGGACCUCUUGGUGGGGAGCAUCCAGAUGUCCUGUUACCGGAUACUCAGCAGCCUGUACUCACUCGGCACCAAUAGCAGCAUCUACAUGGAGGGGCAGAGGUCGGCAGCAGGAGCUUGUCUGGCAGCCCUGACAGGGACUUUCCCUGUAUGCUUCCUGGAGCCUUCCUAUAAUCAAAACAACCCUUACUCCAUUUACAACACCAUGAGUGCUACUGAGAGAGAAGACCUGGGGCUGCCUGAUCAGGUGGAGGACAUGUGUCCCCUUCUGCCCUCUCUGGAUCAGGCCCUGGAGGAGGUCGAGGAGUUGGCAGGUGCUGGUGCUGGAGCUUGCCAGGCCCCUUACAUCCAUGUCACAGAGGUCACCUUGCCCAUGCUGUGCAGCUACAUGUCCCUCUGGUGGUGCUGGGGCCCUGAGGGAGAACCAGACAACCCAAUCUGCACCUCUGUCACUCCUCAGCAUGCUAGUGACCUACUUGGCCACAUCCUUCGUAUUAUCCACAACCAUGUGGGUGCUAGCAGGGGUGGCUGGAUGAAACAGCUGGCAGUUUUUGCUCAGCCAAUCAUAUGCAGAGCCAGCUCUGAGCUGUUAAACAGCCACUUCCUGCCGCUGAUGGAAAAGCUAAGGAAGAGGGCCGAAUGUGUGAUGAUGGAGGAAGAGCAGAUGAAAACAGAAGGGCGUGAUACUUCUGAAGCAGAGCUGCAGAUACAGGAGAAGUUCACCCUACUAGUGCGAGACCUCUAUGCCUUCUACCCUCUUCUUAUCCCAUUUGUGGACUCUAAUCGAGCCAGCUGGCUCAAAGAGUCAAAUCCUGAUGCAGAGCAGCUGUUCAGCAUGGUGGCAGAGGUCUUUACAUUCUGGGCCAAAUCUCACAAUUUUAAAUGGGAGGAGCAGAACUUCGUGGUCCAAAAUGAAAUCAACAACUUAGCUUUCUUGGUCAAUAAAGCCAACAAAUCCAAGUUUGACUAUGAAAAAAGGAGGAUGAAGAGGAAGGGGGAUCGUUAUUCCAUGCAUACCUCUCUCAUAGUAGCUUCUGUGAAGAGACUGCUCCCUGUGGGACUGAGGCUUUGUUUUCAGAGCAAGCACAGCUUAAUUGUUUUGGCAAAGAAGGGUUUCUUUCAGAUGAAGACUGAAGAUGAGAUUCGGGAGAAUGUUUUCAUUAGCUUGAUGCAUCUCCAGAGCCAGAGGCCUCACUGCUUGAGGCAGGAGACCCAAAUCUCUGUACACCCAAAGCAGUGUGAGACCAUUGCUGACACCCAAAGGGCUGUUGACAAGGUUUUGGAAAUAGCUCGAGUCUUGCAUUACCUGGACCAGGUGGAACACCAUCAGAAAAGUAAAAAACCUGCAUGGCACAGGGUUUUAUCCAAACAGAGGAAGCGAGCGGUGGUGGCCUGCCUGAGGAUGGCUCCUCUCUACAACUUGCCCAGGCACAGAGCUGUCAACCUGUUUCUCCAAGGCUACAAUAAAUCCUGGAUAUCUGCUGAGGACCACAGCUUUGAGGAGAAGCUUGUUGAGGAUUUAGCUGUGAGUGAAAAUAGGGGAGGAGUGAUGGAGCUGUGUGGAGGCGAGACAGAGGAAGAAAAGGAUGUGGAGGACAGUGCCAAACCAAUCGAUCCCCUCCUACAACUCAUUACACUCUUCAGUCGAAGCGCCCUGACAGAAAGGAGUAAGCUUGGGAAUGACGGUCUUUAUACAUCCUAUGCUACUAUCAUGGCAAAGAGCUGCCAGAGAGAAGCUGCUGCCGCUAAAGAACAGGAGCCUGAAAGCUUUGAAGAGAAGGAGAUGGAGAAACAGAGGCUGCUCUACCAGCAGGCCAGGCUGCAUCAUCGAGGAGCUUCUGAGAUGGUCCUGCAAAUCAUCAGUGCAAGCAAAGGAGCCAUGGGGUGCAUGAUUGCCCCCACAUUGAAGCUUGGCAUUGCUAUUCUGAAUGGUGGGAAUGCUGCUGUCCAACAGAAAAUGCUGGAUUACCUGAGAGAGAAGCGAGAUGUUUGCUUCUUUCAGAGCAUGGCUGGACUCAUGCUGUCAUGCAGUGUUCUGGAUCUCAAUGCAUUUGAGAGGCAGAACAAAGCUGAAGGAUUAGGCAUGGCCAUGGAUGAGAGCUCAGGAGAGAAGGUGAUGCCUGACAAAGACAUAACUUGUGACCUGUUUCGUUUUUUACAACUGCUCUGCGAAGGACACAACUCAGAUUUCCAGAAUUAUUUAAGAACACAGACAGGCAACAACACCACUGUCAACAUCAUCAUAUCCACUGUGGAUUAUUUACUGAGAGUGCAGGAAUCAAUCAGCGACUUUUACUGGUACUUUUCAGGGAAAGAUGUGAUUGAUGAACACGGCCAACAGAACUUUUCCAAGGCCAUUGAUGUGGCUAAACAAGUCUUCAACACACUCACAGAGUACAUACAGGGUCCAUGCACUGGGAACCAACAAAGCCUUGCUCACAGUCGACUGUGGGACGCAGUUGUGGGCUUCCUCCAUGUAUUUGCCCAUAUGCAGAUGAAGCUCUCUCAGGAUUCAAGACAAAUUGAGCUCCUGAAAGAGCUCAUGGAUCUACAGAAGGACAUGGUUGUGUUCCUGCUUUCCAUGUUAGAAGGUAAUGUGGUAAAUGGAACGAUUGGAAAGCAAAUGGUGGACAUGUUGGUGGAAUCAUCUGGAAAUGUGGAGAUGAUCCUGAAGUUUUUCGACAUGUUCCUUAAACUCAAAGACCUCACCUCCUCUGAUGUCUUCAGAGAGUAUGACCCCGAUUGUAAGGGCUGCAUCUCUAGAAAAGACUUCCAGAAAGCCAUGGAGAAUUGCAAGCGCUUCUCCCAAACUGAGAUUAAUUUCCUCCUCACUUGCUUACAGACUGAUGACAGUGACAUUGUGGAGUAUGAGGACUUUGUGGAUCGCUUCCAUGAGCCAGCCAAAGACAUCGGCUUCAGCAUAUCCGUUCUCCUUACUAAUUUGUCCGAACACAUGCCAAAUGAUUCAAGACUAAGGACAUUCCUGGAACUGGCAGAGUGUAUCCUGACUUACUUUCAGCCCUAUCUUGGCCGUAUAGAGAUCCUUGGCAGUGAGAAGCGCAUUGAACGUGUCUACUUUGAAAUCAGCGAAUCCAGCCGCACACAAUGGGAGAAACCUCAGGUGAAAGAGUCCAAGAGACAGUUCAUUUUUGAUGUGGUCAAUGAGGGCGGAGAGAAGGAGAAAAUGGAGAUGUUUGUCAAUUUCUGUGAGGAUACCAUCUUUGAGAUGCAGCUUGCCGCUCAGAUAUCUGGCUCUGAUUCUGUAGAGAGGUGUGCUGAAAAAGAAGAUAGGGAAGAAGAAGGUCAUGACAGCAAAGGGAUGUUUUUCAUUUGUCAUUGGAUAAUAUUGCUGACAUCUGUUCUUUCAGUCAAAACUCUGAAAUCACUGAUGAAGAUGACCCUGAAGGAUAUCCUAAUGUCAGCCAUUUUCUUCCUCAGAGUCAUUGUUAUGGCUCAGGCCCGGUGUAUUCAUAUCCUGGUUCGCAGCUUCUUAUAUUUGCUAUAUAUAGCUUUCAUCAGUGGUGGGCUCAUAGAGGGAGCCAAAAGGAUGAAAAUAUCUGACUUGCUGGGUGGGAUCCCAGAACCGACUCUUGAUGAGGUCAUGGAAGUGCCAAGCGGUGUGGAUCGGCUGAGGAAGUACUCUGCCAGUUUGUCUUCCCAGAGAGAAUUGAGGGAGAUUGGGCAGGAGACAGCUGUGACCUCCCUGAGGGAUGUGGAUGUACUGUCAGACAUAUUUGGUCUCAGAGUGAAGAAAGAGGGGGGUCAAUACAGGCUUAUAACACAAGACCUCACUGCCAGUCUGACUGACCUGUUCAACACUUCCUCCAGAACAAUUUCCACCCCUGAUUUCUCCAAGAAGCACCAGGGGACGCUUAAGGCUCACACCACCUCAGAGGAAAAAACAGAAGAUGAGGAAAUACUCCUCACAAAAGGAAAAGAAUCUGAAAAUGAAACAGGAGUUGAGGAAUCAGAGGCAAUAUCAAGAUCCAAGAAAUGCCCCAACAAGUCAGAGGAAAAAGAGAGCCAACGUUCUGCAUUCUGGGAGAUGAUAAGCACUUACAACAAGAAUCUGCUGAGUUACUUUGCAAGGAAUUUUUAUAACAUGCGUUUGCUGGCUCUGUUUGUUGCCUUUGCAAUCAAUUUCAUCCUCCUCUUCUACAAGGUGAGUGUUCUUGUCGAGUCUUUGCCUGCAUCACAAGAUGAGGAUUACAGAGAGGAACUGAACUCUACUGCAAAAGACGAUAACAAGGGCAGAGUCUAUUUUGUACUGGAGGAGAGCAGAGGAUACAUGGAGCCAUCACUCCAUUUCCUGGCUGUAGCACAUACAAUCAUCUCCUUCUGUUGUAUUAUUGGUUACUACUGCCUCAAGGUACCACUGGUAAUCUUCAAACGUGAGAAGGAAGUGGCACGAAGUCUGGAGUUUGACGGGCUGUAUGUGACAGAGCAACCGCCUGAGGAGGACAUCAAAGGGCAAUGGGACCGACUGGUCAUUAACACACCAUCAUUUCCAAGUAAUUACUGGGAUAAAUUUGUGAAGAGGAAGGUGAUGGAUAAGUACGGUGACUUCUAUGGCUGUGAGAAGAUCAGUGAGCUCCUGGGUCUGGACCAAGCCGCUUUAGACUUCAGCUCUGAGAGAAGAGAAAGAAAGAGGCUCAAGAGAGACUCUGCCUGGAGUGCUCUAUUUAACUCCACUGACGUGAAGUAUCAGGUCUGGAAACUGGGAGUUGUGUUCACUGAUAAUUCCUUCUUAUAUUUGGCCUGGUACAUGGCCAUGUCAGUCUUGGGUCAUUAUAACAACUUCUUCUUUGCGGCCCACCUUUUGGACAUUGCAAUGGGCUUUAAGACGCUUCGCACCAUCCUUUCUUCUGUCACACACAAUGGGAAACAGCUGGUCCUGACUGUCGGCCUGUUGGCGGUUGUCGUGUAUCUAUAUACUGUUGUGGCCUUCAACUUCUUCAGGAAGUUCUACACCAAGAGUGAUGAUGAUGACAACUGGGACAUGAAGUGCAAUGACAUGCUUACUUGCUACAUGUUCCACAUGUAUGUGGGAGUGCGUGCCGGCGGGGGCAUUGGAGACGAGAUUGAGGACCCUGCUGGAGAUGAGUUUGAAGUGGAACGCAUCGUCUUCGACAUCACAUUUUUCUUCUUUGUCAUCGUCAUCCUCCUAGCCAUCAUCCAGGGUCUGAUAAUUGAUGCCUUUGGUGAGCUGCGUGAUCAGCAGGAGCAGGUGAAAGAGGAUAUGGAGACUAAAUGUUUUAUAUGUGGAAUAGGAAGUGAAUACUUUGAUAAAGUCCCACAUGGCUUUGAGACUCACACUCUCCAGGAACACAACCUUUCCAACUAUCUAUUUUUUCUGAUGUACCUUAUUAAUAAGGAUGAAACUGAACAUACGGGGCAGGAAUCCUAUGUGUGGAAAAUGUACCAGGAGCGUUCCUGGGAAUUCUUUCCUGUGGGAGACUGUUUCCGUAAGCAAUACGAGGAUCAACUGGGAUGA